GUUGGUGGGGGCUGCAGUGUUAGGUGGGCUAUGCCAAAUAUAAGCUGCAGCUACAGCUCUCUGUACAGAUCACAGGAGGGAAGACGCUUAACGAGGAGCCUGAAAAUCACAGAAGAUGGCCUUGCUUAAGAUCGUUUUGCUUCUCUUCAUUUGCCUUGAAGGCUGUGCUCUGUCUUCAGCUUUUAAUGAUGGUGAUGGUCUGAAGAAAGUCCCAGACCCCCUGACAGAAAAUGGGGACAUCUGCAAGGACUGUACCCAAAUAUUUGAACUUCUCGCUGACCUCCUGUCCAACGCAGACCUCCAGAAAAAGAUCAUGGAUGCCAUUGACCACAUGUGUGACAUUCUGCCUGGACCACCUGGCACUGCCAAGAUCUGCAAAGAUGAGGUUCAGAAGUUGCUCCCAGUGGCCAUCAAGUUCCUCACCUCUUUUGUUAAACCAGCAGAGCUCUGCAAAACCAUUGGCCUGUGUGGUUCCAGCGAUAAGCGGGACAAGAUGCUCAGCUACUUCCUAAAGGAGGUCCUUCAGGCUGCUAUGGACAGAGAAAAUGGGACUCCCUCCAAAGAAUGUUCCUUUUGCAUUUUUCUUGUCAAGACACUGGAGGAUCUUCUGCCAAAACAAAGGACUGAGGAUGCUGUGAUUGAACUGCUGGAGGAGAUAUGUCAUAUUUUGCCCUCCGCCUACCGAAAUCAGUGUGAGUCUGUCGUUGGAAAGUUCACCAAGACAGUGCUGGAUGCCAUUUUGAGUUACGCCACCCCUCAGGCCAUCUGUGCUCUCAUUCACAUGUGUGAUGGUCAGGAGGCCGCUGUUGUGGACCCGUGCACUUUGCCAUUGUACAUGUGCAAAGAUUUCAAGACUGCAUUCCAAUGUGGAACUGUGUUCUACUGCCAGAAAUUUGCCUGGAAGCCUCUCAGCUCCAACACAAUGUAAAACGUCAAGGGUUGGAUAAAAUGUACAAGCCAACAUAGACGACUUACUGCACAUCCUUCUGCAGAAAAUAUUCAGUCAAUAUUUAAUCGCUUUACACCUGUGGCUUUUCACCUGAUAGGACUACUUUCAAAUGCUGAUUUAAUAUCUUUCCUCUUUUUGUGGUUCUACUUUGCACAUACUGUGUGCACUGAGUCAACAAAACAAGGACCUAGCUUGACAAAAGGGUUAUUUGAACUCUAGAAAUGAGAGGAAUGUUGAAAAGAUAUGGGAGCUCAGCCGUCAAAUAAGGAACUUGAAUGAUUAUAACCAAUGACUGAAAUGUUAUUCUUGUUUUUCUACUCACUAUUCAACUGCAUUUUUUAAUGUUUCAUGGAAACAACCUACUUUGAUAAACUUUUCUUUUUUAUAUCUUUCAUCUGAAUAAAAUUUGGAACAAGA